AUGGCACCGAGUUUGGCCGACCGGAAAAGCACAUGCGUGUACCAGGAUGCCGCGCAGGAAGGAAAGGCAGCCUCCACGAGUAUGUCCGCCUCGGCGCCUGAACCCACCACCACAACGACAUCUGCGGGGAUUAGCAAGAAGCUCAAGGCCGACCAAGGAAGCGGAGCUCGCGUGAGCAAGAAGAAGAGCGAGGAGCCGGGGAAGGAGUCGUGGAAGGCAGCGGACAGGAAUUCGGCGAAGGAGGAAAUCGUAGGAGCCGGCGAAAGAGGAAAUGGUGGGAGUCGGCAGAGGCGGCGGACAGGAAGUCAGCGAAGGGGGAAAUGGUGGGAGUCAGCAGAGGAGGAGAUGGUGGGACUGAACUUCAAGUCUCUGAUUGAGCGCGGCCGGCAGAGUAGCAAGCAGUACACGAGGACGAAGCGCGCUCGCCGAGCAUCUCCAGCAAAACAAAGAUUCGUGAAAGAGGUAGUGGGUGGAAGUGUGACGGCUCCGGAUGAUAGUGAGCCAAAACGAAUGGUCAGUCCAGUCUUCGAACCACGAGAAAGCGCAACUUGGAACUUCAAUCCUGUCGGCAGGCUUCUGAUGCUGGACUGCAAAAAGCUAAUGCAACGGCAAGAGUUUGAUGGCGAAGCUACAGCUCGGGGCUUACAAGAGGAGAACCCAGAUGGCCAGCAUCUACGGCAGCCGCAAGUUUGUGUUAAGAUGUACGCAUGGGGGAGGUGCACAGCACAGCAAAGCGGGGAUUCUACUUCUGAACUUGUUGGCCAAGAUGUUGUGACGAGAAGCGUGGAGGAGACAGAAGAGUACGAAAUCAAAUGCCAUGUAUCGUGGAAAUGGCUUCAGAAUCAUCAUCCGAGGAGUGCGGCUACCUUUCGCAAUGCAUAUUCGGGGCUGGAAGAGUUGCAGACGAUAGUGGAUCGGGUAGGAAGAGCACAGAGCGAGGCCAAUAGCCGUAUCAACGGCAUUAAUAAAAUCUGGAAAGGCUGGGACUGGACUUUUCCUGGCGGCAGCACUCCUCCCUCCUGGCCCAAUGGCCUUUUGAAGGCUUUGCGGACCCUUGCUGGCGCGGUGGAAGACUGGCGCUACGCCGUGAAGGAGGUAGCGAAAGCCAGCAGUGCUCGGAGGAGGCAUAAGGGUGGUCGAAGGACUGCCCAUGUCACGACCGAAGAUGUUGCUACGGUGACCCGUAUGCACAAAAAGACGGAGCCGGAGCUAGAGUCAGGGCUAAGGAAGGGGAAACGGAAGGGGAAAGGAAAGGGAAAAGAGCCGGAGCCAGAACCAGAGCCAGAAUCAGAGCCAGAGUCAGAGCCAGAGACAGAGACAGAGCCAUCGCCAUCUAUAGAGAUAGGUAGAGGAGAGCCGCCGAGCAAGAGAAGAAAGACAGGAGAAGAAGAAGACGACGACGACGACGAAGGAGAAGAAGAAGACGACGACGACGAAGAAGAAGAAGAAGACGACGACGACGAAGGAGAAGAAGAAGAAGAAGAAAAAGAAGAAGAAGAAAAAGAAGAAGAAACCCGCGCAGUCCGCAACGUCCGCCGGCUUACAGAUUACGCCGGCGAAUCCAGUUUCGGCGGGGUGCGGAAAGAUUCUAUUGUUAUUGAUAUCUUGAGACAGACGGCGCCCAUGGAGGCACGGCUUGAGCAGCAGGCUAAAGCCAGCGUGACGGAGGAGCUGCGAGAGACGGCGAGCCUCCUUUAA